AUGGGUACCAGGAAUAAUGCUUUUGUGGGUACAGAGAAAGGGUUCGGAAGAUCAUCAGAUCAGUGCUGUGAUGUUGGGUUGGAUUUGAGGAUGCAACAAGUUCAGGUAUCUUGUCCAAACAAGAGAUUCAUGCCAAUGCCUCAUCAUCAGCUUUCAUCAUCAUCUUCUUGUUGUGGUGAAGGAUUUGAUGGAGGAGCUUGUGGUGGUGGGCCCAUUGUUUGCAACACAAGCAAUCAGGUACCAUGCACGGGCGAGAUAUACGAUGUCGUCGGUGCUGCUUCUGCUUCUGUUUUUGCUGCUGCAGCGGUGAUAAAGUCUCUGCACCAUCAUCCCUCUUUUCCCCACAAUUCCACUGGAGAAAUGGCAGCGCCUGUGAACGCUAGAGUGCCUUUCACAGCAGCUCAGUGGCAAGAGCUGGAGAGGCAGACUAUGAUAUACAAGUACAUGAUGGCCUCUGUUCCUGUCCCUCCUGAACUCCUCAUACCCCUCACCAGAAACACUUCCAAUGCGAUAAAGGGGUCUUUGGAAUUGGGGUUUUCGGGCAGUAGUUCGGAUCCGGAGCCAUGGAGGUGCAGGAGAACUGAUGGGAAGAAAUGGAGGUGCUCCAGAGACGUGGCUCCUGAUCAGAAAUACUGUGAGCGUCACUCUCACAAGAGCCGUCCCCGUUCAAGAAAGCCUGUGGAAUUGCCAAACCACUCCAUCAACAACAAUGAUCACAAAUCACAAACACUUAACAUGGCAUCUGAUAGCAGCAAGCAGCAUCAUCAAAAUCCCCAUUUCAUCAACCACAACGAUGCUCAUUUUUUCACAUCUUCAUUUGAUCAACCCAGGUGCUGGGAGUGGUUCAUGAAAGGGGAGACAACGGUUCCUUUUGCUAGCAAUUCUAACCGAGAGUGGCGUCAGUAUAAGACACAAGAGGCAAAAUAUGGGGGAAAUGUGAGUGAGCAUCAACAGCAUUAUAAAGACCAUCGCCUUAAUUUGCAAGCUCAGCAUCUAAACGAGCAGUUUAGCCCCAGUUUAACCUCCUUGGGAGGAUCCUUGAAUCUCAACCAAACACAUUCACAAGAGACAAGGAGCUUUAUUGAUGCAUGGUCAACAGCAGAAAGAGAGGUUGCUGAAAUGGAUGGCGGAAUUGGGAGCAAACGCCCUGUUUCUUCAAACGAGAAGCUACCUCUCUCUUCUCUUACACUGUCAAUGUCGGGUGGGAAUGGAAAUAAUCAAGAAGACGAUGAGAAUAGUGAAAUGGGCGAUUUUGGUAUCAUGGGCUUAGCAAUGGAAAAUGUGAGGGCUUUGAGGCCCCAAAUGGCGGAUCCUAUUUCAUGGAUGGGUUCGCCGCCUGGUGGACCACUGGCUGAAGCACUAUGCCUUGGCAUAGCAACUAGGCAAAGCACAAGUACGAGUAGCUACAGCAAGAGCACAUGAGACGAUGGCCAGUGGCUAAUUUUUAUCAACUAGCGCAUACGAGCUUUAUAACUUUGAUGAUGUUUGAACAUUUCUAUGUACGACAAGUGUUUUUUUUUUUUUUUAAUAUCAACGUUACUGGUAAAUGGAAAUUUCCACUUGGUAUUCGGAGCUAAGCCCAAUCUUUUGAAAUGCAAUAUGAUUGGUGAAUGGCUCUUUGUUUCUUUUUAGUUUUGGAAAAUGGGGCAUGCUUUGGUCCCCUUGCUAGUUACAUUCCCUGGCCUAGCUCAUUAAUGGGAGUGAUUUUGAAUUGUAGUGUAA